GCUACGUUAAUCCUUGCUAGCGCCCGCCUUGUGAUAGAUCCUUUCUCGAAUGGUAGACUACGGUAAACGACAACUCAUCAAUUGCUGUUUCAUAUCAAAUCCAAAUCUCAACUCUCCACCGCUUUGAUUCUACCACGUAUCUACCGAGUCCUGCUCCAAUACCCGAAGAGUUGAUUUUGGAAGAGUAUUGAAGAAGCACAAAUUCACAAAGGCAUUGAUUGAUAUAUUGAUUUAAAAUAUGGCUUCAUUUCCCAACAUUUGGAAUCAUCGUAAGGUGGCCGACACCGCUUCUAAGCCUUGUGAGAUUUGCUAUAAACCUAGUGCAAGUGUCCUGAUAACUCCAGAAAACAAGGACUUCUUUUAUGUAUGCCCAUCCCAUUUAAAGGACAAAGGAUUUGCUACACCCAUUAUAGAUGAAGCUGCUAUUGCUGCUAAGAAAAAGAAAGAGAUGGACGACGAGAUCGCACGUGUGAAGCAGGAGUUUGAAGAGAAGCAGAAGAGAAAGAAGGAGAAAGAAACUUCGAAGAAAGACGAGAAGGAGAAGGAUAGUGAAGAUAAGAAGGAUGAAGAGAAAAAAGACGAGAAGAAGACUGAUGGGAAGGAGAAGUCGGACACUCCUGUAUCACCUGCACCAAGUCCAACAGCAGAUGAAGAACCCAGAGUCUUUUCUCUAAAAAAGGCGUUCUAUCAACAGAGACUGGAUAAAAAGAGGCAGGCGGAAGUUGCAAAACGAAAUCGUGAACGUCUCCAAAAUCCGAAUUUAUUUCCUCAAGUCCCUAAAGGCUUACCUUGAGCUGGCAUAAUCAUCUCAAAUGAUCAGUGCUCCUACUUAAGUGGGAGAGAUUCCAACAGAGUCAUCGUGGAUUUAUCAGUGUUUCUUGUAAUGGUGGUGAUUUUGCAAAGUCACUCAAAAACAGGAGAUUCGGACCGUAUUUGCCAAGAACAUUCGUUCUUAUAUUUGUGAGUCAAGGAAGCGUCUUAUUAGUUAGACAUUCACCCUCGCGCAAACUUUACUCAUUCUUGAUAUACUUGCCGGGGAAUGUCACACGCGAGUUUGAUGGAGUCACUUGAAAUGCAUCGUAUGUUCAUGAGGUCCAUCUGCUGACUGCAUAUGAUCGACCCGUUGGGAAGGUGGUCAAUGCAUCUAAGUUGGAGUUGAGUAUGGAUGGGUUGGCAUUCACCGGGGCAGUCCUCCUUGUACUUACUAUCCUGUAUAUAAAGCUUCAUCAGGCUACUUCUCACGGCAGUUAUCAGGCUAGACCGCGCGGUAUCUUCCUUGCCAGGCAACCGAGUGAAAGAGCGGUACCAUCCCGCAAUUAUCUACCUCGUACAGAACGCCGUGAAGGUACAUACGUGCUUACAUGUUAAAAAGCUAACCCUGCUUAUCUCAAACCAUUCUAAGCUUCUUUCGCUUCC